UUGGUCUUGGCCGCCGCCCAGCAGAGUAAACAAACGGGCGCUGGGUCUGGCAGGGUUUGGUUUGGUUUUGUUUCUUUCUUGAGUUUUGUUUGUCGUGAUGUCCAUCGAGGAGGAGGAGGACACCAGCCUCAAGGAGCUCGUCACCAAGACCCUGCAGAGCAACGGCGUGCUGGGCAGGAUACAGGCGCAGCUACGGGCAAGUGUGUUCCUGGCCCUGGAGGAGGAGCUGCGGGAGAAGUCCAUCCCUCUUGUCAGUCCGCCCACACGCAAGGUUCUAGGGACUCGCGAAGGGGCGGUGGCAGCGAGUCUCGUCCACGACUUCCUCCAGUGCCUUGGCCUCGACUUUUCCCUCUCCGUCUUCAUCCCCGAGUCUGGCCUCCCUGCCCUCUGGUCCUCACACAGCCCUGAAGCCUUGUCGUCAUCCCUCGGGCUCUCCUCGGCCAGUGCUGGGAAGGGGGAGAGGGAUGGGGAUGAGAAAGGGCACAAAACUCCACUCCUGAUUGAACUCCUGCGGGAACGGGAAACACCACCUUCAUCUGCACGUGAGCAAAAUGGGGAGGCCAGCAACAGCAACAGCAUCUCCUCAAACAACAGCAACAGGAGAGAGAACAACAACCACCACCACCAACAGGAAGAGGAGAAGGGGGAUGGAGGUGAAAGCAAACACCCCUUAGACCCUCCUCUAAAAGCCCCUGGGAGCUCUCUAGGGGGUAAGGGGAGGGGAGAGGAGGACCAGGGGCAGGGCGGGGGUGGUGGUCUCCUCUUUCCCUCCAGCCUCCCCCCGCUGAACCUGGAGAAUGGGCAGAGAAGAGACGGGAAUGUAUCGGGAAAGCUUUCUACUGGAGGGGCAACCACCUCCACCAGCACCAAUGCCAUCAAGCUACAAGACUUCGUGCCGCCAGACGAGAGCAAGACCGACAGUGAUGCUUCCCUUAAUGGUGAGGACAAACAGUACGAAGACGACUUUUCUUCCAUGAGUGAGAAGGACGGCCACGAUGAAGAGGAGGAGGAGGAAGAUGAGGAGGAGGAGGAAGAGGAAGUGGAGGAGGACAUUGAGGAGGACCUUGACGACAUCUCUGCUGACGAUCUCUUGAAUUCCUCGGCCUCAGGGGUUUCCGACAUCACGAAAGAUCAGUCCCUCUCACAGGCCAGCAGUGCCCCAGCCUACCAGGAGGACCUAUAGCUCGUCCCUGCCCCUAGUGGUAAUUCCUGGUACCUCUUCCUGCUGUGUUGCAAGGACUUACGGACAGCCUUGGUACCUGGUUGCAGCGUCAAGCCCACCACAGCGAGCUUUUCCUGAUGUGUUGGGGCUGUUUACAUUCCUCUCUCUCUUUCUCGAUUUCUGCUCAUUUCUUUUUUUUUUUCUUUUAUGUUUUCAUCUAUGUGUGUGUGUGUGUGUGUGUAUGUGUGUGUGUGUGUCCUCUGAUUCUGUCUCUUUGUGUUUCUGUGUCUGUUUUUUUUUCUUGUUUCCUUUCUUUAUUCUCCGUCUCACUCCUCCUCGGUUUCUGCCCAGUGCCGUUUCUUUCUCUCGUCUCUGUUUUAUCUACGUGUGUGUGUGUGUGUGUGUGUGUGUGUGUGUGUGUGUGUUUUAUCUGUAUACUUUCUUUUUCUCCAUCUCUCUCUGUCUGUGUAUGUCUGUUUCUCUUGUGUUUUCUUUCUACAUUCUCUCUAUCUACCUCUUUCUGUGUGUGUGAGUGUGUGUGUGUGUGUGUGUGUGUGUGUGUGUGU